AUGACCGGAAGUGGUGGAGGGGCAUCUUACUCGAGGGCAUUGGAGGAAUCACCCACCGCGUGCUUUGUCGACGUCAUCACUGCAUCUGCAGGGAACAUAGCAGAUGGAGGCACCCAGUUCGGGUUUGGGACCAUGAUGAAUUGCUGGUCUGAUGGACCCGCCUGUGACGUCACAGGGGUCAACGGGGUAGCCGAGGUAGAGGACGAUAACUGGGCAGCUCUGGGGAUUCGAUGGAAUCCCGCCCUCUAUCAUGACCACGUGACCCACUCAACCUACCUCUGCUACCUGUCGUCAUAUGGAAGAGAUGUUGGAUAUUAUGUUUCAUCACGGAGACGUCUUCUAUCUGAGCAGCAACUUCAGCAGCCUCAACAUGAUGGUAACCAACGUGAUGGAGAAGAUAAUUCUCUUAUGCAGUCUACUGAGAUUGGCCAAGCCACUUCUGAUGCACAACCUGUAGAGAUAGAUAUAUCUCAGCCAACUGCUUCUGAUGUAGAAGAUUCUCAAAAGGAUCAUGGAAUAAAAAGGCCUUCAAAAUUAUCACCAAGGAGAAGAUCCUCUCCACUAGCAACUUCUGUCCCAGUGAAUUCCAUGCAGGGUGCUAGUUCAGGAACUACAACAAGACUUGUCAAUUACAUGAAGUUCAUCCCAACUCCAGGAUUUAAGGCUCCAAGAAAGAAGAAUUGAAGACUUUAUCUUAAUAUGUAUAGGGCUAUCUAUUUUAAUGUUAAUACUUUUUGCUAGACAAAGACUACACAAGGAAAAAACAAUCCUUUAUGUUUUGCUGUAAAGUCCUCCCUUUUGAGGCAACUUUGUUUAACAUUCUCAUGUUAGAUGGCUGCCCUUUGUGUUAUAUGACUAACUGUGUUAAGUUGAACCAUUAACUUAAUACAAUUAUCUUUUAAGUUUGAACCAUUAUCUUAA